UGAUACGAGUGACAAAUUCUAUAAGGCAUGCGAUUUAGUGAUAAAUAUUGAAAUCUGCCGUGUUAGACGGGGCAAAAUGCCAAACUCAUUGAGUGGCAGGUACAACUACGCCACAAAUAAUUAAAAAAAAGCUCGGUCGAGGCCGGGAACAGAACGGGACGGGACGGCCUCGCUCGCGCUGGCCUCCCUCAACCGGUGGUGCCCUGCUGGACUCCGGCGGGUCCUGCUCGCCCUCUCGCGGCGCUGGCCUCCCCGACCCGGCGGCUCGACUCCGACGCUGAUCUACGCCGGCGGGCAGCCGCUGCUGUCGCCACUCGUUAAUCCGGUUCUCCAGUGAGAGGAACUCAAUGGGAACGGAAGGAGUACGCUGGUCAUAUGGUCAGAAGACAGUGACUGGUAGCACGAGGAGGAUCUCAUCAGAUAGAUCGGGUGUUACUGGUAUGCCCAUGAAAAUGUUGAUAGCGCAGGAGAUGGCGAAGGAGGGGGACACGAAUCAGAAGACCACUAACAUCGUAGCAAGGCUGAUGGGUCUUGAUAAUGAUGUGGAUCUUCCUAAGCCUGUUGUGCCUUUAAAUAGGAGGAAUUUCCCGGAUGGACAUUUAUCUGCCACAUUGGCGAGAGUUAACAACCAAAUGUCAUUUGAGAAGCACACAAGUUCUGAUGAAGAUGUGGAAUAUAAAGAUGUCUAUGAAGUUGGAUACCAGCCACCAAGGGGUGAACAUUGGCGCAAUGAAUGUGCACGAAGGAGGCCAAAUGAAGAUCAUGACAAGAGAAGAAUGGAUCUUGUCCGGCAGAAAUUCGUCGAAGCAAAGCGGCUAGUAUCACAUGAUAAUCUCCUCCAGUCGAAGGAAUUCCACGAUGCUCUUGAAGUUCUGAAUUCAAAUAAAGAUUUGUUUCUCAAAUUUCUCGAAGAACCUAACUCAUUAUUUGCAAAGCGAUCUGGAGAACUUCAUUCUGCACCAACAUCACCUCAGAGAAAGUGCAUUACUGCAUUGAAACCCUCCAACUCAGUGGAGAUGAAGGGCGACAAAGCAAUUAAAAGACAGAAAAACAAAACAGUUGAUGGAAACAGAACAGAGAGGAGCAAUCUUCAGAAGGCUGAUGUUGGUGAUGCCAAAGAAGAAAGGCUUCCGAAGCACACCAGGAUAGUGGUCUUGAAACCUAGCUCAGCAAUUACUUCCAUGGAGCAGUUUGAUCAAAAUUAUCACGGCGAUCUGGAUGAUUCUGAAGCACCUGUUAUAUCAAGGCAUUUGAGUGAUGAGAUAACUUGGUCAGUGCAUGAUUUGUGCCGUUAUCAUGAUGAUUCUUUACAAGGUUGCAUGCAACCAAAUAUGUUCAGCACAGAUAGAUCAUAUCAUGAGUAUGCUGAAGAAGAGGGCGCUAGCUUGAGUGACUCGGAGGUUGGAACUCCAACAUCAAGUCAUUCUUGGGAUUACAUCUACCGGUUUAGCAAUCCUUGUUUCAAGCCAUCUAUAAGCCACGCUUCUUGUUCUCAUGAGUCACUGGCAACUAGGGAGGCUAAGAAACAUACGUCUGACAAGUGGGCAACUGCACCAUCCAAUGAGGUCGGCCGAGAAAUGGUGCUAGUGCGAAGGAGCUUGAGCACACUUGGUGAAAUGCUUGCCAUGCCUGAUUUGAAGAAAGAAGAGCUUGUUGAUCAAGUGUCCCCUCAUGCUACCAACCAGUUGUGCAGCAAUGAACUGAGACUUGGAGUACCAUCUAAUUGUUAUGUUGACGAUGGUGAGGGAGAAAGCUCCCCCAGGAAAAUAUCAAGGUCAAGAUUUGUUCCAGUCUCUUCAUCAACUUUUGACAUCCUACGUUCAAAUGGUGGAUGCUCGGAUAGAGAACAUGCAGAGCCCAAGGUGGAGGUCAAACCUAAGAAUGGGAAGUCAUCUUUGAAGGGCAAGAUCUCAAGUUUCUUCUCAAAACGUAAGAAAGCAGAAAAAGAGAAUGUUACCCCAUCUCCCUUGGGGGCCUUGAAUGGCCGAGUUCCGUUGGCCAGUAAUGCAGCAGCACUUGUUAACUCAAAUGUAUCCCAACCUGUUUGUACUAGCUUACAACAUGAUGCCACUUUGGAAAAUUUGGAGGAUCAGUUUGAGAGUAGACCAACUGUAGUUCUGGUCAAUGAACCUGAAGCACCCUCCUCUUCGAAGCCUCCAAUUUCUCUCGAGAAAACAUUGUCAUUUGAGGUUAGGAAUUCCCACUUUGAUCAACCCAGCCCUACAUCAGUUCUUGAUGCACAAUUUGAGGAUGUUAAUGAGAAAUCCCCCAAUUCAUCUGAAAGUGCAAUUACUGCUAAACAAGAAGCUCUGUCAAGGUCUCUUCCGAUCAGAUCAAUGGCACGGACCUUAUCUUGGGAUGAUUCUUUUCAUGAGGCUCCAUUAUGUUCUACCAAAGGAGAUAGCCAUGUGCAAGAGCAGUAUGAGUUCAUUGAGAAGGUUCUAUCAUAUGCUGGCUUCUGUAAUGAGAAGACCCACGACAUCUUUGUUCGGUGGCAUUCACUUGAUUGCCCUAUGGACCCAACUGUGUUUAACCAAUUGUUGGAGCGCAAAGUGGAGGAUGCCAAGUGCAGAGAGAGGCGGUCAAAUCAGAGACUCCUGAUUGAUUCUGUCAAUGCUGCCCUACUAGACAUUGGCCAAAACAAACUUUGGGGUGCAUACCCUUGCACUGGACGGCAUGCUAAUGCACAGAGAGUUGCUACAUGUGAUGUGCUAGUAACCAAUGAAGCGUGGAGGUUAGUAAAAAGUUGGCUCUUUCAUGACUAUAAGAAUAUUGUCGAUGGGGGAGACAAUGCAGGCCUUGUGGCAGAUUGGGUUGUCGGUAGGGAGAUUCAUGGCAAAGGAUGGUCCCAAAUGCUACGCCUGGAGAUGGAUGAAAUCAACAAGGAGAUAUGUGGGGAGGUCCUGAGCGAGUUGGUUGGUGAGGCAUUCACAGGACUUACUGGGUGCCAUUGAUGUUCCUUUAUUUUCCCUGCUUGUGGUGUCCACCAAUUGCUUUUAUUUCCAAUCUGCUGGGAGACCGUUUCAGGGGCUCAUCUGCACUCCCCAGAGUUGUUCUUUUGUGUAUAUUGCCCACAUAACUGUUAUGUAUGCUGCUCAAGUGUUCCCACUUCCUCUCUAUCUGUAACAUCUCAUCACCAUUGAUACAUUCACAGUAAUAACGUUUACGAGUACAGCUGCAUUUCAAA